GGUUCAAUUCAGGCAAACAUUUAUGCGACAUCUUCCAGCUCAUAGCUAACCUAGCAACCACCAAAGCUGGGCUCCCAAGAGGUCAUUCAUUCACUCAUCAGCAAUGGACUACCAGUGAUGGACCUGCUAUGUGGAGGGGUGGAAACUGGAAGUGUACAGAUGAGUGAUUCAUUCAUUUAUUCUUACACUUUUUCACCUAACAGUGACUUACUGAGGUCUUAUUUUGUUUGAAGCACAGGUCCUAAAGAUGUGGUGGGUAGUGAGAAAGAGUCUUGAUCGCAUGUUCCACUUGGUGGAAGAAAUAGGAUUUACAGUCCAUUAUCAAACAACUUUGUAACAGUCCAGUCAUACGCACAGAAAGUCCAGAAGAAUGUGCAAGAGAUCUGUAGUCUGGGAUGAUGGAUCAUAACAUCUCACACAUAAUGGGUCUCAGACAAGGACCAGGUCCCUUUUAGGUGAAACUAGAUGAAAAGGACUCUUCAGCAGCUGUCUUCACAGCAACUAAUUUCUGGCAGGUCAGAGUUGGCAUUGCUCAAAUCUGGGCUUCGUUUCCGAGAAGUUUCACAAGUCUGCCAGGGGAAGUACCUGGACUUCUUGCUGCUUUCAUGUAGGGCAGGCUGUCGAAACCUCAGUGGAUAAAAGACCUAGAGAAUGUGCAUCCCAGAAGAAGCUGGUCGAGGAUAUGGGAGCAAUCACCAUGGAACAGAAGUCUCUCUGGGCAGGUGUAGUGGUCUUGCUGCUUCUCCAGGGAGGAUCUGCCUACAAACUGGUUUGCUACUUUACCAACUGGUCCCAGGACCGGCAGGAACCAGGAAAAUUCACCCCUGAGAAUGUUGACCCCUUCCUAUGCUCUCACCUCAUCUACUCAUUCGCCAGCAUCGAGAACAACAAGGUUAUCAUCAAGGACAAGAAUGAAGUGAUGCUCUACCAGACCAUCAACAGUCUCAAAAACAAGAAUCCCAAACUGAAAAUUCUCUUGUCCAUUGGAGGGUACCUGUUUGGUUCCAAAGGGUUCCACCCCAUGGUGGAGUCUUCUACAUCACGCUUGGAAUUCGUUAACUCUGUAAUCCUGUUUCUGAGGAACCAUAACUUUGAUGGACUGGAUGUAAGCUGGAUCUACCCAGAUCAGAAAGAAAACACUCAUUUCACUCUGCUGAUUCAUGAGUUAGCAGAAGCCUUUCAGAAGGACUUCACAAAAUCCACCAAGGAAAGGCUUCUCUUGACUGCAAGUGUAUCUGCUGGGAGGCAAAUGAUUGAUAACAGCUAUCAAGUUGAGAAACUGGCAAAAGAUCUGGAUUUCAUCAACCUCCUAUCAUUUGACUUCCAUGGGUCUUGGGAAAAGCCCCUUAUCACUGGCCACAACAGCCCUCUGAGCAAGGGGUGGCAGGACAGAGGGCCAAGCUCCUACUACAAUGUGGAAUAUGCUGUGGGGUACUGGAUACACAAGGGAAUGCCCUCAGAGAAGGUGGUCAUGGGCAUCCCCACAUAUGGGCACUCCUUCACACUGGCCUCUGCAGAAACCACCGUGGGGGCCCCUGCCUCUGGCCCUGGAGCUGCUGGACCCAUCACAGAGUCUUCAGGCUUCCUGGCCUAUUAUGAGAUCUGCCAGUUUCUGAAAGGAGCCAAGAUCACAAGGCUCCAGGAUCAGCAGGUUCCCUACGCAGUCAAGGGGAACCAGUGGGUGGGCUAUGACGAUGUGGAGAGUAUGGAGACCAAGGUUCGGUUCUUAAAGAAUUUAAACCUGGGAGGAGCCAUGAUCUGGUCUAUUGACAUGGAUGACUUCACUGGCAAAUCCUGCAACCAGGGCCCUUACCCUCUUGUCCAAGCAGUCAAGAGAAGCCUUGGCUCCCUGUGAAGGAUUAACUUACAGAGAAGCAGGCAAGGUGACCUUGCUGCCUGCGGCCUGCUCUCUCCCAGGAAUUCUAAUGUGGGAUUCCCCUUGCCAGGCUGGCCUUUGGAUCUCUUCCAAGCCUUUCCUGACUUCCUCUUAAAUCAUGGAUUGGACCUGGUUUUGUUUUCCUGCAGCUGUUGACUUGUUGCCCUGAAGUACAAUUAAAAAAAAAUUCAUUUUGCUCCA